GGCCAAUCGAGAUUGAAACACACUGUGGGGGCAUUUAGCGAUUUCAACAACAGGUACCAUUUGGGUACCGACAAAGCCUCAUUUUCAGUUAAGUUUCGGCACAAAAUAGUUGGUGGACUUCUUUUUUGAUGUGGGUGGUUAGGGAAGCUUUAUGUUCCUGAAACGAAUCAUCUUCAGGAUUUGUGCACUGGUCAAGGCAACACUGUUGGUCUUGGCCACUUAUAAACUAUAACAAUGGCACCUUCAAUUUACCUCUCGGAACAAUCUUCAGCAGAGCCAGUCCAGAUCAUUAACCUCAAGCCAAAUGUCCAGCAGCACACCUGUCAAACUUACGAAAAACCCCAAAGAAGAAGCCUCGAAAGUAAGGGACCUCAUUACAAAUGGGACAUAGUCUGGAAAAACGUUCUUAUCUUCAUCCUCCUACACGGAUUUGGUGCUUAUGGCUUCUGGAUCAUGUUAACAAAAGCCAAAUGGCAGACAAACCUAUUUGGUUACCUUUACGCAGCUUGCAGCGCCUUCGGAGUCACUGCAGGAGCACACAGGCUCUGGGCACACAGGACCUACAAAGCCAAGCUGCCACUGCGCAUUUUCCUGAUGAUCCUGCAGACUGCAGCUCUGCAGAACGACCUGCACGAAUGGGUGAGAGACCACAGGGUGCACCACAAGUUCACCGAUACAGACGCUGAUCCACACAACUCUCGCAGAGGGUUCUUCUUCUCGCACAUAGGUUGGUUGAUGGUGAGGAAGCACAAGGAUGUGUUCGCUAAAGGAAAGACCGUGGAUGUCAGCGAUGUGGAGAACGAUCCAGUGGUGAAGUUCCAGAAGAAGUACUACGUCCUACUAGUGACCUUACUCACCUUCAUAGUACCUGCUCUAAUUCCAUGGUACUAUUACGGCGAAAACUUCUGGAUCUCCUGGUACGUCACGAUAGCAAGGUAUACGUUGGCAUUGAACAUCACGUGGCUAGUCAACAGUGCUGCUCACAUUUGGGGAACCAAACCUUACGAUGGGACGAUCAACCCUACUGAAAACAAGUUCGUUGCUUGGGCUGCAUUUGGUGAAGGUUGGCACAACUACCAUCACGUGUUCCCUUGGGACUACAAGGCGGCAGAGCUUGGCAACUACAGGCUGAAUCCUAGCACAGCCUUCCUGGACUUCAUGGCCUAUAUAGGCCAAGCCUACGACCUGAAAACUGUGUCUGAGGAAAUGGUGAAGAAGAGGGUGAAGAGGACAGGCGAUGGAACGUGGGAGGGAAGGCAAAAUGAGGGAGGAGUGGGGGAGGACCAUGAGCACGUGGACUGCAUAUGGGGUUGGGGUGACGCUGAUAUGAAGGAGGAUGAUGUGAAUGAUGUUAAAGUUUUCAAUCACUUGAAAGAAGACUAGGAAUUAGAAGUAUUGUGAAAUUUAUUAUUUUGUUGUUGAUUUUUGUUAUUGAUAAUAUAUUUGGUUAUUUAUUCUUCUAUUUAUUCACAUGUUGAUUCAGUGUGCUCAAAAUCUUCGUUUAUAUUUCAAGAGUAUUCAGCUGAGGUGGAUGAGCUUCCAGGUAGUGAUAAUGUUCUCUACCAACAAUGAAAUCGAAUAUAGUUCAUUAUUCGUGUUAUAAUUCUAGGAACAACUGAAGAAUACUUCGAAAAUCAACUUCCCCAGUAGCAGAAUUUGUUUUGAACAAGAAUAUAUCUAUCAAAAAUAGAAACUGCUGUAAUGAAACAGUAACUGUGAGAUUUCUAUAGCAACAAAGAUUCAUGCAUCUAGUUGGAAAUAUCAAAAAAUUACCACCACUUGUGUAAUUACUGUUGAUAAUUUGUCUGAAUACAGUAUGACGAGUUUACUUUUGGACAAAUUAUUUUGAAUGAAAGAUAAAUGCUCAGUUGACAACCAAUCUAUGUUGAAUUAUGGCUUGGGAAAUUUUUUGUCAGUCAGUCUGUAUAUAUGAAUUAUUCAAAGAUUGAUAGAUUCUUCCUGCUAUAUAUAGGGUAUGUAUGUAUGUAUACUCGUCUUCAGUGAACAUGUUGCGGUUGAACGGUAUGAGUGCUCUUAUUGCAGCGGUGAUUAAGAGAGCUGACACCGUCCAUGUGCGACAUGUUCUCUGAAGACGACUGUACGUGUGGUACCUCGAAAAUAAUAUUCCACUCCAUUCGAGAAAUUCUGACUGAAAUUAUAGAUUCAAAUAUGUUCAGCAGUGUCGUGAAAAGUAUAAGCUCUUUGUUCAUUGGUAGAAAAUUAAUAUCGAUCUUAUGAAUUAUUCAUUCUAUCUCUUUAUUUCUUAUAAAUUAGUCUACAUGCAAUCAAACAUAGAACUCAUUUUCGUCACAUUUUUAAAGAAAAACUUAUAUUGAAGAAUGACUAACUUCAAGAACUUUACACAAAUGAAUGAGUAGAACAAUAGCGUAAGAUCAUUCUUCUAAUUUAUUAUUAGGUAUAAAAUCAUGGGGAAAUUGAUAUUCGAUAGAAAUUCUGAUAUUCGCUUGAGAAAAACUUUUGUACAUUUAUUAGUUUAAUAUAUAAAUGUGAUAAGAAUUACGUUUGUUACAUUCGUUAUUGUUUUCGUUAAAAAUAAAU